AGAAGAAAAAUGAAAUAUUUUCACUAAAAUGUGCGCCGAUAGCGCCACUAGCGGCAAGAUCUUGCUGUUAUUACUGAAAAUGAUCCAAACUUUUCAGCAGAUUCUUCUCAUUUUGAUGAACUUCCGACAAAAUGUCAGUAGAAAUAUGAGAGAACAUUAUGUAUUUUGAUGUAAAAUGACUGGAAAAUAUCUUUUUGUCGUAACUAUUCUCUAAUAUUUGCGUAGAAAUUGGUAAAAGCAAGACACAAAUUACAUUCAGUUUCUUAUUAUCUCCAGUCCAGACAGUCCAUUUGAUGAUUUUCUGUCCUUACAAACUUUGAACAGUCCAGAAGAUAGUGUUGUUGACUGUGUGAUGAGUUUCUGAGUAUUUCUGCAGAUUAAAUUUUGCAUGGCAUCUUUUCCAAAGCGCCAAAUUGCCCUUUUUCCCAAUAUCGAUGGCAUGUGAGAUCGGAGAGUGGAAUAUCCGCUGAACACCUGGUGCAAGCCACGCUGCGCGGUGGAGAUUUUGACGAGAAAACGGCCGGCACGAGACGUCUCGCGGGAGUUUGGUGGAACGGAGAUCACCCCUGGAUGUUGGGGAGCAUUAAUGUGGAAAUGUACGUGCCGGGGGGAUUAUGGAGUGUGUGCAAGAGGUGCGCUUGUGGCGAAAAUCCAUCUGAGGAUUUACUGUAGUGCAUCGAAUCGGAGAGAAUUGCGCGAGUGUCAAAAGGCGGGUUGAAUCUCUCUCCUUAUCCAAUGUGCUCAUACGUCUGUGGGCCUCUCUUUUGCAGUGUGAGAGGAAGAUAGUGGUGCUCGAGGAGAGGAGAAGUGAUCAUCAAGACAAUAUUCGUGUCCAUAUGCUGAAACAUGGAAUCUUCUCAGUUGACUGCCCAAAUAAUAAUGCAGAAGGGCAAAAGAGGAGCAGCCGCCUUCAUAAAUGCCGACUGCACGUCAAAUCGGGGCGGGCAGAGUGUCCACCUCGAUCUGCUGCUCGACAAUCUGCUCGAUCCCGAGAAAUCAAUUGACAAUAGUGAGACAAUUGAUUGGUGCAAGUGGUUGAUAGCAGGUGGACGAACGCCGAGCGAAUUUUCGGCCAUCGUUCGUGGCUUCGAUAAUCACGCAAAGUGUGGCCUGGUGUGGAUCCCUCAUGUGGUGGCGUAUCGAUGCCGGACUUGCGGCAUCUCGCCGUGCAUGUCAAUAUGCCGAGAGUGCUUCAAGAAGGGCGACCACUCGACGCAUGACUUCAACAUGUUCCUGUCGCAAGCCGGCGGAGCCUGCGACUGCGGCGACACGUCCGUGAUGAAGGCCGAGGGCUUCUGCACGGACCAUGGGAUCAACUAUUGUGCCAACAAUGCGCCAGUGCCGGAUGAUCUGAUGUCCGUGGCGGAGGCGAUUAUGCCGCGGCUUCUGCUGCGCCUGCUGCAGCACUUCCGGGAGAAUGGCAACAUCCGUGCGGCUGAUCCAUCCUACAGUUACAGCAAGGCGGCCAACGAGUGCGAUGAGUACUGCAGUAUGUUAAUGGAGUUUAACAACAUGGGCGAAUUGAUGCGGCGAGUCAUGACCAGAGCAUUAAUUAAUGCAGAGCUGUACAAGCAAUUAGUUGAGCCACCAUUUCCUGACAACAAAUACGGCAGAUAUUUGGCAUCCAGCAAGAAGAAGUACGAAGACGCUGUGAGGGCGUUCCCGAGUCCUGAGCCGCCGAAUGAAUAUGAGCAUUUGCCGGCACUUGGCAGGACAAUCGCGCACAUCACGCUUCUGCAGGAGUUCAUCUUCUGGACGUUUAAGUUUGAGUUCCCGCAGAAUAUCGUGUGCUUCCUGCUCAACAUGCUGCCGGAUCAAGAUUACAAGGAACACUUGACGCGAACCUUUGUGAUGCAUUACAGCAGAAUUCCCAGUGUGUUGGAAAUGUCCAAAGACCCGGACACUUUGAGCAAUAGAGUAGUGCACAUGAGUGUUCAAUUGUUCUCUAAUGAGAGUCUGGCUCUGAAAAUGGUGGAGGAACUGAGCCUGCUUCAUGUUAUGAUAAUUAGUCUCAAAUUGAUGAUGUCGAAAAUUCUCAUUCUCAACACUCUUCAUGAUCCGGACAAGAAUUUUCACUUCGUCAUCGACUGUGCCAAGAGAGUAAUGAAAGAGCACUGCUACUGGCCACUCGUGUCGGACUUCAACAAUGUGCUGUCACACGAAUCUGUGGCCCUUGUCUUUCUGCGCGAUGACAAUCUCAUCGAUAUGUGGUUCCAAUUCCUCUCGAUGCUGCAGGGCAUGAAUGUGAAUGUCCGCGAGACUGGGAGUCAUAUUGAAUUUGAGCCAAGUUCAUAUUAUGCUGCCUUUUCGUGUGAAUUGGAGGCCAGCGCAUAUCCAAUGUGGUCAAUUAUUUCACACCUUCGCGAUUCGGCGCAUGCUGAUCUGGCGAAGAAGAUCAUGAGUGUUUGCGUGAGUUAUCUUCAAGACUGGUUAGAAGCAAUUAAUUUUUAUCAUCCAAAAAUCGAAAAGAAUGAAAUGAUGCACGCGUCUUUUCACUUUCCAUUACAUCGAUAUCUCGCUGCGUUCACAUGUCAAGCGGUUAGAACAAUGGGAAUGCCACUGAAAGACAUUCUGCCUUCGCCGGAUCUCCUUGCACUGCUCAUGAUGCAUCCACUGCGUGUGCAGAGCCUCUUCUAUGAGAUUCUAUCGAGCAUCUGGGUGCGCAACGGUCUGCAAAUCAAGGGCCAAGCAAUGACCUACAUCCAGGCGAACUUCUGCAAUUCAAUGGUGGACAUGGACUUAUUCUUCCUCCAACUGUGCGCCACUCAUUUGCCAGCUCAGAACUUCUUGACCACUGCCAUUGAGGUGUUUGGUGUGAGUGAAUGGCUGGGAAUGGGACCACUGACGUCACCACAAGAAAUUGAGCAGGAUUCGAUGCUUGAAGGAUUGCUGACUUUCAUUGCCACACUCGUGACAUCGCGCACAAAUCUGGGCAAUGACGAACCGACGCAGUGCAAGAUUGAGAUCAGCGCGCUGCUGGCGACGGGCGACAGGACGCACAGUCAACUGCUGGAGUUGAUGCCGGAGCGUUCUGGGAAUGCGCACACGAGGAAUUUUGAGAACUUCUUGAAGGAAUUGUCUGUGUAUCGUCCGCCACCGGUGGGAUCGGAGAAUCUGGAGCAAGGCUUGUUUAUUCCAGUGCCGGAAGUGUGGGAAGUGUACUAUGAUCCACUGCAUGUCCUGCUGAGGGCUGUGCAUCGGCGUGACUUUCAGAAUUCAAUGGACAGAUUCAGUAAUUAUGUGAAGUCGGAGCAGAAGAUGCCGAAGAGUGGCAAUCUCUGGCCACCAUUCAGACUGCCGAAUGCCGUUGGUGAGGCUUACAGUGACCCGAGUUCGUUGCUGACAUCGCGUGUGUUUCACGCGUCGAUUCUCAGCAUCUUCCAUCGGGCUGUUCACUCGCACAAUGUGUCGGAGCACUUGAUUGCCCUGGCGGUGUUCCUGCUGGAGAUUGCCGUGACCAAUGCGGAGAAGUGGGUGAAGAGUUCGGCGCUGGAGUGCGGCAGAAUGUACAGCGCCUUGAGGCCUGGCCGUGAUCCACCUGAGCUGCUCAAUUGCUAUCCCGGCGAUUGUCUGAGUGAGAAUCUGAGACACAUCGUAACGCGUGUGUCUCUGACACCGCCAGAGCCUCAAGUUUCCCCUGCAAAUUACAACACGACAACCUUUGACAGUGAUCUGGACUGGGAUGUUUCUGAGAGUGACACUCUGCCGAUGCUGGUGAGUGGCAAUGAGAUGGACUACUCGAAUACGUCGGUCAUUGUUAUUCCAUCGAAUCGCGAGGUGGCCGUUCCACAGGAUCUCUCCAUCGUUCGUCCAGACAUGAAUAUGCUAGAUGACACGUCCUCCACGCACUCUCUGCCGCCACUACCACUGUCCGAAUCCAUGCAAGCCAUCACUGAGUAUCCGCUCAGACUGGCACUGCCCUCUUCCACGCUGCCUGAGAGCCGAAUGGAAGUGGCGAUCAGGAGAGAUUUGGGCUUGACGGCUGGUGGUACAAGUCGCAGCACAAGUGAAAUGUUUUCGCCAACAAACAGCAAUGGAACUGGCAUGAUUCUUCCCUUCCAGCGCGUGCAGCCUGUGGCCGUGCCAAGUCGCACGCUCGACGUCGUGCCGACAAAUUCUGCAGGUCCUCGACGUCUGGCUAACAAGAAGCGCCAAGUCGAGGGCGUGAAUUCUUCAGAUUCAGACACUAUUCUUAUUGAAGAGAGCAUUUUGUCGUUGCUGCUGAAGCUUCACUCUCAACUCAGUGGUUCUUUGGACAGUUUUUCACUCGACGAGAGUGCGGAUAGUGAGGAAAUGGUCGAAGCUGGACCAUCUAGUCAUGAUUUGCCCUCAACAUCGACUGGCAUCACCACAUCGACGUCCACAAGUGUAUCGAUGCUGUCGGACACAAGAAUUGGCGACGGCCCGCACUUUAUAGGGAAUCUGCUGAGGAAGAUCGCCCGAAUGGACGAGGCUUGUGCUGUGAAUAUCAAUGAGAUACGGAGGAAGUUGUGGCCAAACCAAAGAGAGCGCCAGGCGGAGCAGCGAGCGCGUGAGGUGAAGGAGAAGGAGGAACGCAGCAAGCGCGCCAAGGAGCGCCAGCAGAAGCUGAUGCAGGAGUUUGCCAACAAGCAGAAGCAGUUCAUGGCCAUGGCGGCCGAGGCGAUGGAUUGCUGUGAGGAUGAGGAGGAGGUUGAGCAGGCCAGGGAGAAGGAGUACGUCUGCAUCAUCUGCAAUCGCACAAGUCCCAGCACAGAAAGUGAUCCUAUUGGCCUGGUGGUGCUGGUGGAGUCCAGCAGUGUCGUUGGGCAUCGGCGCAAGACACCGGAACGCUUUGCAUUGCCGCUCAAUGAUCAGGAGAAGAAUCGUCCGGGACGCAAUGUAAGACUGGCGCAUGAGUUCAACAGACGCACGGAGAUUCUGACGUGGAAGUUUGGCGAGACGUCGUGGUAUUUGUCGAACAAUCUCGCCUGGGAAGGUGGGGUGCAUGUCCAAUCGUGCGGUCAUCAUGUGCAUCUCACCUGUCACGAUGCCUACCUCUCGUCACUGUUCUCUUCGCAGCGCCCGCAGAGUCUCAAUGUGGAGCGCGGGGAGUUCAAUUGUCCGGUGUGUCGGCAACUCUCUAAUUCCGUCCUGCCGCUUAGUCCACAAUUGGAUCGACCCACACCUGUUGUUCGCGUGCCAGCGCCUCCGUACACCACUCUAGUCACUGAGCUCACGACACUGAUCAUGGAGAACGAGCGGCCCAAGACGUCCACAAAGCUGUCAGAGGCAAUGGGUCGUGCCAUGGAGGACAUGACGAACAGCACACAGCGCAGAGCCAAUAGAGUCUCACCGACACUCCAAAGUCUCAUUCUCUUUGUCACCUCCAUUGCCAGGACGAAUCUGGAGGCGGAGAUCAUCCAGCGCGGCGGAUCUCUGUGCUCUGAUGAGUCUGUGCGAUAUAAGCCCAAGAGGGACUGCAUAGUUCCCCUCCUUCAUGUGCUGUCUGUGCACGUGAGAGUGUUGAUUGAGUGGCCAGUGUGGCAUUCCUGGGCGAGUCUCUGUGGAAUUCCAGUGGCUGGCGGAACUCCGGUUCCAGCAUAUUGUCGUGAAUUGAUUCCCAGCCUUCUAGCCGAUCCGAGUGCCCUUAUGCUGAAAUUUAUCCUCUUAGCUCCGCUGCAUUUAGAUCUUGCUUACUUUACCUGCAUUGUUAAGGCGAUGUUCAAUCUGCUGUAUUAUCAAGUGGUGUUGCAAAUUUGCGUGACACUGACCGAAUUUGAGUGCAAUGACAUCUUGGACAGAUGGAAGAUUCCUGAAGAUGGAGCACAGAUUAACAAUCUGGGAAUGGCGCUGGCAUUUGUUCUUAGCCACACGGAUCGUUGUCGUCAUCUGCGAAGAGAGUGUGUCGUCGAUGAAACUGCUCCGUCAACGAGUCGUAUGAAUUUGCAAGCAAUGGAACAACAACUGCAGCGCCUCUGUCUCCCAUUUUUACGCAUAGCUGCACUACUGAGGCAUCACCUGUACCAUCAAGAGCUACCUGAAGUCGCGUCGCCACACCUCGAGUUUGUGCGCCUCGUGUACUUUCUAGAGUUGGUGACGAGCGGAAUGGAUUGGGAUGUGUUCAAUGGUGCAAAGGCGCUGUGCUUUGUGCCGGGAACGGAGAAGACACUGCCACAACUGUGGUGUGAUCAAUUCAUGGACAUCAAGCCGCCAUACAACUUCAUCCAAGAGCUUGUGGUCAAUCAGCAUGCUGUGUGGUAUCAGCCGAGACUCCUUCAAUUGCCACGCGAAUACGAGAGACUCUUCACUUACUAUCACGAGCAGACUUGCCAAAAAUGUCACCAAGUUCCUCUGGAGAGUUCGAUUUGCCUACUGUGUGGCACAAUUGUGUGCCUGAAGCAACCAUGCUGCAAGGAACAAGAAUGUUGCGAAGCUGUGAGGCAUUCAAUCACUUGCGGCGGAGGAACUGGAAUUUUCCUGGUUGUCACGUCGACAUACAUAAUUGUUAUUCGAGGACUCAGAGCUUGUCUGUGGGGAUCGCUUUAUCUGGACGACUAUGACGAGGAGGAUCGUGAUUUAAAACGUGGCAAACCAUUGUAUCUCAGCGAGGAUCGCUUCAAUCUGCUCGAGUCGCAGUGGUUGUCGCACAGAUUUGCUCACACGAAACAUCCUUGGGUUUGGCAUAGGAAUUCUCUGUAAAUUGACUCUACAAAGAAUGGAACAGAAAGAUCGCAAGGAUUGUACAGAAAACUAUUUAGUUUUCAGAUAGAUUGUUUAGCUUUGUUCAGAGAAAUGUAUGUUUUUUCUGCUGCUUUUCGGUUUAUAUUAAGUUUGUGUGUCAGGAAGAAAAAAAGAAAUGAAAAACUAAUUAGUUUAUUGCGAAUAGUUGCAUUUUGGUCAUUCUCGAAAAGUAUCAUUUUGCCUUAAUUGAUAUGCAUAGAAAAAAAUCAGUGGAAAAAAUUAAGUAAUAUCGUUUUUUUGCGCAGAACAGAGAAAUCGAGACAAGGUGAACAAGUUUGUUAAUACAAUUUCUAAUCAUGUGAUAUUCAUUAGAAAUUUAGUGCGUGACUUUGUGAAGGAGUCACACUUAUUUUACCAACUUCUUGGCUAUCCUCUCGCAUUCUUUUCACCAUUUGUUUGAAACUGUGUUUUGUGAUAUAUACUUUCCCUAUGACAUUGUGUUUAUUGUUCACGAAAUACUGCAAAAGUGCAUUCUUUAAAUGACGUUUCUCCUUAUUUUCACUAUUAUUAGAUCGUCGGGCGGCGGAACGAAUUUGAUAUCGAUAUCUCGUACGAAUCUUCAAUGACUAUUUAAAUAUAUAUAGAAGUAUAUUAGAAUUGAAUAUUAAUUAUUGACUUAAUUUUAUUGAAAUAUUCACACAGAAGAACGCUAUGUGUAAAUAAAUUCACAAGAGAAAUGUUAUCUAUCUAAAAAAAUAUGUGUAACUAAAAGGGAGAUAAAAAGGGAGAUGCGUGUGUGUGUGCGUGUAAAUAGAGAGAAUCAAAAGCAGUGGAAAUGAAUUCUCAAGAUAUCACAAUAACUUUGACUAUAUAUAGCGUGCAGAGAAGCAUUUUGAGCGGGAGAAUUUGUUAGACAGUGGAAUUUCGACUUCGAGUUUACGGAUAAGAUAAUCGCAAAUUGAAAAUUGAAUAUAAACGUGAGACAUUAUAUAAUUUUGUUGAGACAUUUUCGAGUUAUAUACCAAGAUUCGAUGGAGAAAGAGGCACGAUUAACUAUGAAAAGAACUUGUAUUGUAUAAUUAUCGUUGUUUGAAAGAUGCUGUAUUAUCCAUAAUAAACAUUUACAAUAUAUAUUAUGAUGAGAGAAA